GCGUCACCAGCAAUUAACUUGGUACUGAGUUGAAUCUCCGUCAGGUAGAGUAAAUGCCAUCUGCGGACCAAUGCCGCGGGUGGCUUUGCUUCCAGCCUUGCUCUGGGUCCUGACCUCAUGGGCGCUGGACGUGACGACGGCAUGGCGCGUGAGAGAGGCUCACUCGCACAGCAAGACACGCAACCUCGACUCGGUGUACAUGAACCCACAGUCAUCGGUGGCGCUAAGGGUUGGCGCUGCAGGCACUCUCCUCUCCAGCUGGAUCCUGAACGACUGCAACAUCCAGCACUUCAGCGACGGCGGUCUUCUAGUCACAGGGCACAAGUGCGAGGACAUCCCGAUCGUGAACAUGACGUCCUGGCCCGUCCCGGCCACGGAAAUCGCGCUGUACCACACAUCCGUCACUUCCCUCCAGCCGAACGCAUACCAUGCCUACGGUCCCAUCAGCCAAGUCACCAAGCUUGAGAUCAUCCAAAACAAGAUUUACGCCAUCAAACCGCACGCUUUCAACGGCUUCCCGAACGUGACUUUCCUCAGUCUCAGCGACAACCCGAUCAAGUUUCUCUCUUCGGAAUCGUUCAGGGGACUGAACAGUCUCAAGGUUCUGGUGCUGUUUCGUACUCGACUCCACGAGUUCUCAACGGUCAUCGCGUCCGUUAACCCGGCGGUGCUUCCGAAGCUUGAAAUACUGAACCUCGGAAACACCGCUCUGCAUCGGAUUGACGAACACGACCUUGUCCCGAUGGAAAACUCGUCGCUCAAGCACAUCCAGUUUCACCUCUGCGACAACCUCGCUUACAUUCAUCCCCAGGCUCUGAAACCCUUGAAGCAUCUGGAAGGAUUUUACCUCAGGGACAACCUAAACAUGAAGGUGGAGAACAUAAUCGACGUCAUCUCUAACAUCACCCAGGAAACGUUCAGAAUAAUUGAUGUGAGUCAGCCGGUCUACAAAGCUGUGCCGUACCGCAUACUUGAAUCGGUAGCUCGAACCGCUGCCGAAGUCAUAAUCUUCAUUCGCAUGACAGACUACACCGUGACCAAAGACAGCUUUCCGCCGAUGAACAGAGUCAAGUGCCUUGUGUUGGAGUCCGGCAAAAUAAGGGAGUUCAAAGCUAACGCGCUUCAGAACCUUCCUAACCUCGAAGAAGUCAGCUUCAGGAGGAACUUAUUCCUGGGUGUGCCGCCGGGACUUCUGGCGCCGCGAAUUAAGUUCCUCGAUCUAAGCGGUUACGACAGGGGAUUUGUGCAGCUGGACCUACCGGAUUAUGUGUUCUCAAAAAUGGUGAACCUUCGCGAGAUGUACCUUCGCUACAAAGCUUUGCCUUCGCUCACUGAAUUUACCUUCUGGGGUCUUAAAAAUUUGGAGACUCUAGAUAUGAAGCAAUGCUCCAUCGAUUCUUUGCCGCAGGGCGUGUUUCACCACCUCACUAACUUAAAGCACCUAGAUCUCAGCGAUAACCCUGUCUUCAGGAUUGGUUCUACGUUUAGUCCCCACAUCUUUCAGGGCAUGACCAACUUAAACAGUCUCAUUCUAUCAAACACAAAAAUUUCAGAUAUGGCAAAGGCUGUGUCUUUCAGCGAUCUGACGAGUUUAGAGUAUUUGGACGUUUCAAACAAUAGCAUUGUAACCGUGCCCAAGGAAGUGUUCAUAUCAGGUGUUAACCUCAAGCACCUUGAUCUCAGCAGAAACAUAAUUGACCGCUGGUCGCCGCUGCCAUCCUCAUUGAUGAAUCUCCAAAUCCUAGACCUAUCGUCGAACAGGCUUCGACACUUUCGUACUGAUGUCAUUAAUGGCUUUAACAGACUACGUACCUUAGAUGUUUCGAAGAAUCCGUUUGCCUGCACCUGUGGUAUUACUCCCUUUCUCGAAUGGACCAAAACGAGUAACGUUACCUUGAUCAAUCUCGCUUACGAAGAGCUUCAUUCGUGCUCCGAGCCAAGGGAUAUGGCAGGAAGACACAUCCGUUCGGUACUGCCACACCUUCAGAAAAUCUGUAAGCCGACCAUUUUGAUAAGCAUUAUGUGCGUCGCCAUCCUUGUGCUAGUCUUCGUCAUUCUCCUUGUCAGUGGCUAUAUCUACCGGCGUCGUUUUGAGCUCUGGUUGCAAACUCAAUCCGCCAUGUCUUCAUCUGCGAACAGAGCCUACAUCUACGACGCCUUCGUGUCUUACAGCAACAGCGACACCCAGUGGGUCAUCAGCAGGCUGUUGCCUCAGCUGGAGUGCAGUACCAUAAGCAACCUGAAGCUCUGCGUGUACGACAGGGACUUUGUCGCGGGUCGGAACAUUAGCGAAUGCAUCUUGGACAGCAUCAAGCACAGCCGGAAGAUAAUCCUUGUGCUCUCCAACAGCUUUCUUCAAAGUCCCUGGUGCAGGUUUGAAACGGACCUUGCCCAGUACACCUUGUUGGAGGAGAACAGGGAUGCGUUCAUCUUACUCAAAAUUUCCCGCUUGGACGAAACACUGCUGUCCCCUAAACUCAACUAUCUCCUUAAAACGAGAGUUCAUUUGAGCUGGACUCAAACGCCGAAGGAAGAACUCGCCUUUUUUUCCAAGCUGCACAAAGCCCUGGUAGACACCAGGCCCAAGUCGCAUUUAGAGAAAUCCAUCUUACCAACUGCCCACACUCCAUCUGUUGUGCCUUUUUUCACGCGAAAAUUGGGGAUAUUUCGAAAGCUUAAAAAAUCGGCAGGCCUUGUCUAAAAAUGUUGACAAAAUAAUCUGACGAGAGUGUGAAUGCAAUGUGUUCAUGAACGUGUGGGUUGCGUUGA